GUUCUAUCUCAUAAAUAAGCAGGAAUUUAUGCCCACGCAAGCAGAUUCGUACAUAACAGUAUACAGAGUGUAGUAUUACAGCAACUAAAGCAAUGUCAGCCGACGAUCUUAAAGCACAGGGCAACAGGGCAUUUGCCGCCAAAGACUGGGCCACGGCUAUUGAUCUGUUCACUCAGGCUAUUGUGGUGGCACCAGAAAACCACGUGUUGUACAGUAAUCGCAGUGCAGCGUACUCGAGCUGUGGCGAAUAUCAGAAGGCGCUUGAGGAUGCUGAUAAGUGUGUGAGCAUCAAGCCCGAUUGGCCCAAGGGCUACAACCGCAAGGCAACAGCACAGGCUUUCAUGCACGAUACCGAUGCAGCUAUGGAAACAUACGAAACCGGACUAGAGAAAUGCCCAGGAGACCCCACCUUGACUAAGGGACUCAAAGACCUUGCAAGCUCAGCUAGUGGCAGCAAGGACCCUAUGCAGCAGCUCUCGUCCCUGUUCACGGCACCCGAUUUGUGGGCUAAGGUGGCCAUGAACCCCGACACGCGACACCUGGUGGGCAAUCAGAAGCUGCAAAAGGACAUCGACGAGAUAAAGGCCAAUCCCUCGAUACUUAUGGCGAAGAUGCAACAAAACGAGGAUCUAAUGGCCAUUCUUGGUGUAGUCAUGGGCAUGCCAACUGCUCCCAAGAAGGAUGAUGCAGGUGCAAGCACCAAUGAUACCGAUGUAGAUAUGGCCGAAGCCACCCAGGAGGAGGCGGUUCACGAAAUCGAUCCAGAGGAAAUUGUGGUUGAUGAAGUCGAGGAGAAGCGAUUGAAUGCCUUGUCCGAAAAAGAACUAGGCAACGCGGCAUACAAGAAGAGGGACUUUGACACAGCCAUUGCGCACUACGAGAAGGCGAUCGAGCUACACCCAGAGAAUAUGGCGUUCUACAAUAACAUGUCCGCUGUAUACUUCGAGCAAAAGGACUAUGAGAAGUGCCGCGAGAUGUGCAAGAAGGCGGUGGAGGUGGGACAGGAGCAACGCGCCGAGUACGCGCUCAUCGCUAAGGCUUAUGCACGCAUCGGCAACUCAUACCACAAAGAAGGCAACUACGACGACGCCGCCACAUGGUUGAACCGCAGUUUAACCGAACACCGCACCAAAGACACACUCAACAAACUCAACGCCAUCGAAAAGGAGAAGAAGGAGGCCGAGGCAAAGGCUCUCCUAAACCCUGAGGAGGCUACCAGAAUCAAGGAGGAAGGAAAUGCCAUGUUCAAAGCCAUGAAGUAUCCUGAAGCAAUCAAGCUAUAUACAGAAGCCCUCACGCGUAACCCUGACGACCACACCAUAUACUCCAACCGUGCUGCCUCGUACAUGAAGCUGGGUGAGUUCCCACACUCACUCAAGGACUGCGACAAGUGCAUUGCAAUGGCACCGGACUUUAUCAAGGGACACACCCGACGAGGCAACUGUCUGCUGGCCAUGCGGGAACACCAGCGGGCUCUAGAGGCAUUCGAGAAGGCGUUGAGUAUCGACAAGGACAAUAAGGAAGCCAUCGAUGGCGUACAGCGUGCCUACAGGGCCAUGAACGAGAGGCUGCAGAAUAUGUCUGAGGAAGAGCGUGCCGCUGAAGCUAUGAAGGAUCCCGAAGUACAAGCCAUCAUGGGCGAUCCCGUCAUGCGCAUCGUGUUGGAUCAGAUGCAGAACGACCCCGCCGCCGCACAAGAGCACUUGAAAAAUCCUGAGAUAUCUGCAAAGCUGCAGAAACUCAUCAACGCCGGCAUCAUCCGUACGCGGUAGAUACGCCCCUGUAUACACACAAAUUCCCACAUACAGAUUUUCACACAUACUAGCACUCGAAUACACAUACACACGCACACACAUGGAUUUCAAUGUACACGAAUGAGUGUGUAUUGAUUAGAAUGGAUGACGCCUCUUUGAGGUACGUAGCCAAAGAUACAGAAGGCAUAUUCUGCUCACAGUCCCUGGUGGCUGUAUACACCAACUAUGCCCACAAAAUCAUGGCAUAUGGUUGCACGCCGACAAGUCCGUCUCAUCUUGAUGGCCAAUCACAUCCUGUCAUGAACGAGGCGUGGCCUACUCACUGUGGGAGCUUUGUAUGAGUUCCUCUCAGCUCAGUGGGUAUCUAAUGCAGCAGCUGAGGAGACCCGUCUGUGCGGCAGGUGGAAUACGCACGACUGUGCUAGCCAAACAAAUGUGACCUUCCAACUAAUAAAUUAGAAGACGCAGAUAAUUUACCAGUUGUAUCCUGUCUUAGAAAUGCACUCAGUUAUCGGUCCACGCAUACUUGCUUCGUUCUGUUUUGGUGAUUGUCCGGUAGAAACCUCCGAUCUUUGCACAGCCAUCAACGCCUCGUGAGUAGGAAACCGGAAUGGCUACUCGCCAAUUCAACUUUGUUUAGAAACGCUGUAUUUGCUAUUUCCGUGAAGUAGCGAAACU